UGUUCCACAGAUGUUGAUCCUGCUAAAUGGUGGAAGGUCUUUCGACAAUGUAGAUACCCCAGCCUCUGCUCUCAAACAGCAGGGCAUCUUUGUGAUUGGCAUUGGAACAAGGAGCUCUGACAGUGGAGAGCUGCAGAAGAUAUCAUAUGACCCUAGUUAUGCUCUAUCAGUGUCUGAGUUCACUGACCUCCCCAGUGUCCAAGAACAGUUCUCCUCUUUAAUGAGCGCAGUGCUGGUGAGGGCCACGCCCAUGACACCAACGGUAACUGUGGAGAGACGGCCACCAGGAAGGGAUGUUGUCUUCUUGUUGGAUGGAUCUGAUGGUACUAGAACUGGAUUCCCAGCUAUGCGAGACUUUGUCCAAAGACUAGUCGACAAACUCAGUGUGGAUGACACCAAAGACCGUGUCUCAGUGGUUCAGUACAGCAGAGAUCCAGCUGUCCACUUCUAUCUGAACACGUACAAAACAAAAGGCGAGAUCCUCGACACUGUCAGAGCUUUAAGGCACAAAGGCGGAAGACCCCUCAACACUGGAGCAGCUCUCCAGUACUUGAGGGAUAAUGUCUUCACAGCCUCUGCUGGAAGCAGGCGCCUGGAAGGAGUUCCACAGGUCCUGAUAUUGCUAAGUGGUGGAAAGUCUUCUGACAGUGUUGAUGCACCAGCCUCUGCUCUCAAACAGCUGGGUGUCUUGGCCUUUGCAAUUGGAAGCAGGAGCUCUGAUAGCAAAGAACUGCAGACGAUAUCCCACGAUGCCAGUUCUGCUCUAUCUGUGUCUGAAUUCACUGAACUUCCCAGUAUCCAACAGCAACUUCAGUCCUCAGUGGACUCUGUGGCCAUUGACGUCACCCCAGAAUUACCAACUGUACUUGUUGACACUGCCAAAAAGAUAUCGUAUUCCUUCUGGAUGGUUCUGAUAGCACAAGGUAUGGCUUCCCUGCCAUGCGUAUUUUGUUGAGAGAGUGGUGGAGAAACUCA